AUGAUUCAGUUUGCAAAAUACCUGCGAGUUUGUUUCAUCCCCUCCAAUACGGCGGAUUUUAUAACACGACGUCGUACACCUGAGGAUCUCAUUAUUCGCUCGGAUAGUUUCUCGUACGAGUGAUUAUUUUAAUUCAUAAUUUAUUUUUGUUUUUUUUUUCAUUCUUAUCAUCGAAGCGAAAUAAAAAAGUUUUUACUAUGGCGGAGCCCGAAUUCAGAAUCGAUGGUGAUAUCUUGAAGGGAAGAGUAAUAAGUUAUCCGAACCGAUACAACGGCAUCGGAGAAUUCAUCCUUGAAUCCGUGAAGAAAAAUCCGGACAUGAUCGGUCAGAUCAACGUAGCCACCGGCGAGUCGCAAACGCAGGGAGAAAUUUUCGACAGAAGCGUGAGGUGCGCCCUGUGGUUGAAGUCGCAGGGUAUCGUCCCCGGGGAUGUCGUGGCCAUCUGUUCCGACCACCAUCUCGAUGUUCACAACGCCUGUUACGGGAUGAUCUACAUCGGGGCGAUUUUUUACCCUCUCGACGCGAGGAUGAACACCAACGAAUUUCGACACGUGUUGGAUCUGACGAAACCGAGAAUCGCGUUCGUCAGUGCAGAGGUGGCUCUAACGCUCGCCGAAGCGGCGAAAGAGGUCAUACCGGAUCUAAAAUUAGUCGUCUUUGGAAAGGUUCGGGGCUGUCUUGAGUUCGAGAAGGUGAUAGCGGAAGCAAACGUCGAAGACGUUCGUAGCUUCGAGUACACACCGAUCGAAUCAAUAGACACGACAUUAGCUAUAAUGUGUUCUUCGGGAACGACGGGAUUGCCUAAAGGGGUUGCUUUGAGUCACAGGAGUAUAUUGAAUCAGCUCUACAAUAUGGAAUACAAUGGAUUGACUCAUGUUCAAUGCAUAGUAUUUUCACCGAUCUGUUGGAUCAGCGGUGCGUCAUUUAUGAUUCUAAAUUUGGCCUCGAAUAGAACCAGGAUCAUGACUCCACCUUUCGAACCUUACUCCGCCUGUUCCCUCAUCGAAAAGUACAAGCCAAUGUUUCUUCUCCUCGCCUCCAGUAUGGUGAACAGAUUGGUAAAAUCUGACGCUCUGCAAAAAUACGAUCUAUCGAGUUUGAAACGCGUUGUCUACGGUGGAGCUAUCCUGCCUCAACAGUCGGCCCGAGCUUUUUCAAAACUCGUCCCAGGCGCUUUGCUCAGCUCUUGCUACGGUCUGACGGAAGUCGGGGGUGCCUUUUCGAUCCAAGGAGUGAAUCCCAAGCACGGAUCUGCUGGGAAUAUUGUUCGUAACUCACAGCUGAAAAUAAUCGAUCCAGAGACUGGAAAAACCUUGGGGGUCAAUCAGAAAGGCGAAUUACUGUUAAAAAGUGGCUCGAUGAUGAUCGGCUAUUACAAAAACCCAAAAGCUACGGCGGAAACUAUCGACGAGGAAGGGUGGCUGCAUUCCGGUGAUCUCGGUUACUUCGACGAGGACGGAGAAAUUUUCGUCAUCGAGAGAUUGAAGGAGGUGAUGAAGUACCGGGGCCAGCAUAUAAGCGCGAUCGAAAUCGAAACGGUCAUCUUGUCUCAUCCCGGGGUAAAGGAAGUCGCAGUUGUCAGCAUCCCUCACCCAACCGAGGACGAACACCCGAUCGCUUUCGUUGUGAAGAAUGAGAAUCCAUCGAACGGUUCAAUAGAGGUAACCGAAACGGAGCUCGACGAUCUCGUUGCUUCGAAUUUGAGCGACGCGUAUCGACUGAGAGCUGGGAUUCAUUUUUUGGAGGGACUACCGAAAGCACCGAGCGAUAAAGUCCAACGAAAGAAAUUACGAGAUCUAGCGAAGACCGUUGCCAAAGUCCGAUACGAAUCAAUGACGAAGGAGUCCGAUGUGGAGUUCAAAAUCGAAGAUAAUAUUUUGAAGGGAAAGGUAAUUAAGUCUCCGAAUCGAUAUAACAAAGGCGUCGGAGAGUUCAUCGUCGAAUCACUGAAGAAAAACUUGGACAUGAUCGGUCAGAUCGACGUGGUCACCGGCAUCUCUCAAACGCGAAGAGAAAUCGUCGAUCGAAGCGUACGGUGUGCCCUUUGGAUGAAAUCGCAGGGUAUAGUCCCUGGGGAUGUGGUCGCCGUCUGUUCCGACCACCAUCUCGACAGUCACAACGCCUGUUACGGGAUGAUCUACAUCGGGGCGAUUUUUAACCCGCUCGACACGAGAUUGAACGCUAACGAGUUUCAGCACUUGUUGGAACUGAUAAAACCAAAGAUGGUAUUCGCCAACGUAGAUGUGGCUCUAACGCUCUCCGAAGCCGCGAAAGAGGUCGUACCCGAUUUGAAAAUAAUCACUUUUGGAAAAGUUCGGGGCUAUCUUGAGUUCGAGAAGGUGAUAGCGGAAGCAGACAUCGAAGACGUUCGUAGCUUUCGGUACACACCGAUCGAAUCGAUGGACUCGACAUUGGCUAUCAUGUGCUCUUCGGGAACAACGGGAUCCCCAAAAGGCGUUGCAUUGAGUCACAGAAGUAUAUUGAAUCAGCUUCACAUCAUGGACAAAUACGGAUUGACUCAUGUUCAGAUCGUGGUAUUUUCGUCGAUCUGUUGGAUCAGUGGCGCGGUAUUUAUGAUUCUAAAUUUGGCCUCGAAUAAAACCAAGAUCAUGAAUCCACCUGUCGAACCCCACGCCGCCUGCUCCCUCAUCGAAAAGUACAAGCCAAGGUAUCUCAUCCUCGCGACGAGCAUGGUGAAUAAAUUGCUAAAAUCUGGCGCGCUGCAAGACUACGAUCUCUCUAGUUUGAAAUGCGUUGUCUGCGGCGGAAAUAUCCUCGCUCCGCAGUUGGCCGAAGCUUUUUCAAAACUCGUCCCGGGCGCUAAACUCUCCUCCAACUACGGCCUGUCCGAAAUCGGGGGUCCGAUUUCGAUCCAAGGAGUGAAUCGCAAGCCCGGAUCUGCGGGACAAAUCGUUCAUAACUCACAACUGAAAAUAAUCGAUCCAGAGACUGGGAAAACUCUGGGCGUCAAUCAGAAAGGCGAAAUACUGAUAAAGAGUGGCUCGAUGAUGAUCGGCUAUUACAAAAACCCAAAAGCUACGGCGGAAACUAUCGACGAGGAAGGGUGGCUGCAUUCCGGUGAUCUCGGUUACUUCGACGAGGACGGAGAAAUUUUCGUCAUCGACAGAUUGAAGGAGGUGAUGAAGAGCCGGGGGCGACACAUAAGUGCGAUCGAAAUCGAAACGGUCAUGUUGUCUCAUGCCGGGGUCAAGGAGGCCGCAGUUGUCAGCGUUCCUCACCAAAUCGACGAAGAGCACCUGAUCGCUUUCGUUGUAAGGAAUGAAAAUUCAUCGGACAAUACAAAAAAGGUAACCGAAACGGAGCUCGACGAUCUCGUGGUCUCAAAGUUGAGCGACGCGUAUCGAUUGAGAGCUGGCAUUUAUUUCGUGGACGAACUGCCGAAAGGACCGAGCGAUAAAGUCCAACGAAAGAAAUUACGAGAUCUGGCCAAGACCGUUGCCAAAGUCCGAUACGAAUGAAGCGUCGUCGGUAUUGACUUUGAAUCAACGUAUAAAACUUUUACCCAUAUAUCGAUCAGAUUCUCUCACUUUUAUUCUGUAAUUAUCUCAAGUAAACACUGGAGUGAUAAGACUUGUAA